AUGGCGGCUCAGUCGAAUCCUGCGAUGGCCUCACUUGCCACUCAUCCGGCCAACGCUGAACAAGCUCGCGCCUUCACUGCACCUUCGUCGCUGUCAUUUCCUGGUGGUGCUGGGGAUCUGACUCCACCUUCCUCUGAAAAAGAUGGACUACACCUUGGUGGUGGAUCUGGCGCGAAUGCGCAUAUGAAUGGACAGCAACCAGGAGGAAGCACCAGCGCCGCGGCUAAUGGUGUGACCCCCGCAACCCCGGCUGCUACUCCAGGUGCUGUUCAGGGUGUCAGUGGCAUUGUGCCUACGCUACAAAACAUCGUCGCAACUGUCAAUCUUGACUGUCGGCUCGAUCUGAAGACAAUCGCGCUCCACGCCCGUAACGCAGAGUACAAUCCAAAGCGUUUCGCUGCGGUCAUCAUGCGUAUCCGAGAUCCCAAGACCACUGCUCUCAUCUUCGCCUCAGGCAAGAUGGUUGUCACUGGUGCUAAGUCUGAAGAUGACUCCAAGCUUGCUUCCCGCAAAUAUGCUCGAAUCAUUCAGAAGCUCGGCUUCAAUGCCAAGUUCACCGAUUUCAAAAUUCAGAACAUUGUUGGCUCUUGCGACAUCAAGUUUCCUAUUCGUCUUGAGGGUCUUGCAAGCAGACAUCAUCACUUCAGCUCUUAUGAGCCUGAAUUGUUCCCUGGUCUCAUCUACCGCAUGAUCAAACCGAAGAUUGUUCUUCUCAUCUUCGUUAGUGGCAAGAUUGUUCUUACUGGCGCCAAAGUCAGAGAGGAGAUCUACCAAGCCUUCGAGCAGAUUUAUCCUACUCUCACAGACUUCCGCAAGGUCUGA